UCUUGAGUCGAUGGAUCUCUCGCGGUGGCAGGCCGGGGCGGCGAGGGCGGUGCAUGUGAUGGCAGUUCCGUAUCCGGGAAGAGGGCAUGUAAACCCCAUGAUGAACUUCUGCAAGCUCCUCGCGUCGGCGGCCCCCGACGUUCUCAUCACUUUCGUGGUGACCGAAGAGUGGCUCGGGUUUCUCGGGUCCGAGCCGAAGCCCGAUGCCGUCCGAUUUGCCACCAUACCCGAUGUCAUACCGUCCGAGCGAGUCCGCGCGGAGAACUUCCCCGUGUUCAUAGAGGCCGUGAUGACGAAGAUGGAGGCUCCUGUGGAGCAACUCCUCGACCGCCUUGAGCGGCCGGUGACCACCAUCUUGGCCGACACGUACCUUUUCUGGGCGGUUCGGAUCGGGAACAAGAGGAGGAUCCCGGUGGGAUCGUUCUGGACCAUGUCGGUCUCGGUGUUCUCGGUGUUCUACCACUUUAACCUCCUUGUUCAGAACAACCAUUUCCCCAUUGAUCUGGCAGAACGGGGAGAUGAGCUCGUAAACUACAUACCAGGACUUCCGCCGACCCGAUUAGUCGAUCUUCCGACAUUCUUCGAAAGUAGAGGCAGAGCAACCUUGGGUAGAGCACUGGAAUGCUUCCCUUGGGUGCCGAAAGCUCAGUAUGUCAUCUUCACCACCUGCUAUGUGCUCGAAGGUCGCGUCGUCGACGCUCUCAAAGCUGAGCUUUCGCUCCCAAUUUACACUGUCGGACCUUUAGUACCUUACUUGGAACUCAAGACUACAUCCUCCCCGUCGGCAUCUCAAAACGAUCGCCCCGAUUACUUUCGGUGGCUAGACUCCCAACCGGAAGCCUCCGUCCUGUACAUUUCUCUGGGGAGCUUCCUAUCGGUCUCGAGCGACCAAAUGGAGGAGCUCGCGGCCGGCGUGCAGAGCAGCGGAGUCCCGUUCCUGUGGGUGAGCCGAUAUGGCGAUACUUGGGUCGAAGACGGGGUUUCCGGCGAUAGGGGCCUGGUGGUGCCCUGGUGCGAUCAGUUGAAGGUGCUGAGCCACCCUUCGGUCGGAGGGUUCUGGACGCACUGCGGGCAGAACUCCAUUCUGGAAGCCGUCUUCGCCGGUGUACCGAUGCUGGCCUUCCCGAUCUUUUGGGAUCAAAUUCCCAACGGUAAGCAGGUGGAGCAGGACUGGAAGAUUGGUUGGAGGGUGAAGAAGACGAGGGAUGAGCUGGUGUCGAGACAAGUCAUUGCCGAGAAUGUCCGGAGGUUCAUGGACUUGGACGGCGAGGAUGGGAAGGAAGUCAGGAAGAGAGCGACCGAGCUCCAGCGAGCUUGCGGCGAAGCGGUCGCGAAAGGCGGGUCGUCUUACUCCGACGUCGAUGCUUUCAUCGGCCGCAUGUCGGAGAAAAUAACGUGCUAAUGCAAGAACCCGGGGACUCUCGCGUGCCAGCGAUUCGGGAUCUCUCAAUUGAACAAAGCGCUCGGCUGCAAAAAAUCGAGGGAAGUGCAAUUCCGGCGCGUGAUUGCCGGUUGCGGCUUUCGAUCAUUAUUUGUACUACUGUGUUUCUUUGAUCAUCAUGAAUUGAAUUUUGUUCCC